GCCGCCAGCACUUCCCAAGAAAAAGUCGGCCAGCUCGAUAUCGCAGCACCUCCAUCUGCACCUCCAUCUCCAUCCUCCUCCUCAUGGCCAGCUUUCAUGUCUCCCGUCAUCAGCACCUAUGACCGCUUUUCACAAUGGAAGUCAGGUCGUGAGUUGGCCUAUCCAGGCAACGUCGAGAACUUGCAAAAGGAGGUCAAAGCAACACACUUGACCAACUACAUCUUCGAUGGCGCUCGAGCCGACCUCACAAAAGCGUUGUCCGUCAAUCCAGCCUUCCAAGUCACCCACUCCUUUUCUCUCGCAUCACAGACUACUUUACCUUCAUAUAAUUUCGGUGCCAUCUUCGCCAAUUCAAAAGUUUUCAUGCAAGGUGGAGUGGAUCACGAAGGUGCUGUGAAUGGGCGAUUUAACGCUGGCUGGGACGAAAAAAAUGUCACGAAGGUCCAGAUGCAGUUAGGAACGCAACCCGGUACCAGCAUGUUACAAGCGGAGCACGACUUUACUGGCCAAGACUACUCUCUCAACCUAAAGGCAUUAAACCCUUCACCAAUCGAUUGGUCCGGUCUCUUCAUUGGCAGCUACCUCCAAUCUGUCACGAAGAAUCUUGCUCUCGGUUCCGAGGUUCUCGUUCAACGAGGCGGGCCCGUAGAGAUCCCCACCACACCAUCGUUCCUAGCCAAGUACACCGGCUCAAACAAAGACUGGAUAGCAAGUGCACAAGUGCAGCCGGCAGGUUUACUCCAGACGAGCUAUUGGCAGAAGUUGAACGAAAAGGUUGAGGCCGCUGCGGAUUUGCAAAUCAUGACUGCGAAUGGGAAACGCGAAGCUGUCGCAACGCUCGGUGCGAAGUACGAUCUUCGCAUGUCGACGUUCCGGGCUCAGCUCGAUUCGACUGGGAAGGUGUCUGCGAUGCUCGAGCAGCGUUUUGCACCGACGUUUGCGUUCAUGGUUGCUGGUGAGAUUGAUCACUUCAAGAACAACGCAAAAAUUGGUGUCGGCGUGAUGAUCGAAAGCUCAAGUCUGACACCAGAAGAGAUGGGUAUGGUACCUCAACCCGCAUACCCUCCCCCUCCUGCAUCGUAUCCUUGAUGAUGAUGACGAUGGACACACAAAUUUUUUAAUUUGAGUAAUUAGCAGUAGCAGCCAGCAAUAGAUAUUUUACACGCACACGUCGCUUUAUUCAUUCAGUUCCUCGCUUGCUCUCCUUCUCCAUUACUCUCUUUUGCUUAUUUGCUCUGUCUCUUCUGCCUCUUUCUCUGUCCAUAUUGUUCAUGUCUUGCCUGACUCAGCGACCAAUAUCCUUUUCUCUCCCAAAAAAUCCCAAUUCU